AGAGAGAGAGAGAGAGAGAGAGAGAGAAGAGGGCGCCGCGCUCGCCAGCUCUCGCAGGCUAGGAAAGUGGCGGAGCCGUACAGGACCUGUUUCACUGCAGGGGAUCCAAAACAAGCCCCGUGGAGCAGCAGCCAGAGCCAGAGCAGCCGCAAGACAUUGUUUCUCUCCCUCUGUCCCCCUUCCCCACGCAACCCCAGAUCCAUUUACACUUUACAGAGCAUUGUGCAGCAAGUCACCAGGGUGGUCCAUUCAAGCUGCAGAUCUACCUGUCAUUGUUGGACAACAACCUCCUCUUCCACUGGCCCAACAGGGAAGUGUGUCCCAGCAAACUGGAGCCUAAUGAAAGAAACUAUUUUGAAGACUCAAAAGUUGUGCUGCUCUGGACCAUGAACAAGACAGAGGGGACUUCAGCCUGCACAAAUCACCUGGAAUCCUGAUUGAUUUCUGGUUCAAGUGUCUUACAUUGAGUUUCUCCUGUCACCUAUUGUACUCAAGCAAAAUCUGUGGGAAAAGCUCUACUGGGAAGGGGCCGAUUGCUUCUGGUCUCCAGUGGAUGAAAGCAGAUGGUAUCGAGGGUCUUUUGCUUUUGCCCAGAGCUGGUCUUGAACCAAGAUUCCCCCCCUCCAUCUCCUGAGUGGCUGGAAUUACAGGCACAUGCCACCAUGGCCAGCUAUCCUUCCCUUUGGUGGAUGCUUGUUUUCCAAAGAAAUUAGACCAAAAUUUUCUCAGUGACAAGACACAAACCUGCUGUGUUCAGAGGGAAUUUCUCGCUUUUCUAUACAAGGAAGGAAGAAUAGACCAGACCCCAGCCCCGGCUUCCAUGGUGAAGUACAAGCCAAGGCUACUUGGGAACUGUGAGCAGUGAAUGUUGAUCCGGAGCUGCCGCUGGCCCAGUGCGCCCUGGAGGAGAUGAUUCCUCAUGAAGAACCUGGGUCCCCUACAGCCAUCCAAUGUGACCUUCCGUGUAUCAGACUGAAAUCCCAGCUCGCGCCACAGUGAAAGCAGCCACCGUGGAGGGGGGACGGCGAAAAAUGAAAUCCAACCAGGAGCGGAGCAAUGAAUGCCUGCCUCCCAAGAAGCGCGAGAUCCCCGCCACCAGCCGGCCCUCGGAGGAGAAGGUCACCGCCCCGCCCAGCGACAACCACCGGGCGGACGGCCCGGUGGCGGCGGCGGCCGCGUGGCUCCCCGGCCACCCCCCGGGCAGCCGGGGCCCUGGGGGAGGGCGGCACGGGCCGGUGGGGCCGUCCACCGAGCUUGGUUUACAACAGGGAAUAGGUUUACACAAAGCACUGUCCACCGGGCUGGACUACUCCCCGCCCAGUGCUCCCAGGUCGGUCCCCUCGGCCACCACGCUGCCCGCGGCCUACCCUCCGCCGCAGUCGGGGACCCCGGUGUCUCCGGUGCAGUACGCCCACCUGCCGCACACCUUCCAGUUCAUGGGCUCCUCCCAGUACAGCGGACCCUACGCCGGCUUUCUCCCUUCACAGUUGAUCUCCCCCUCGGCCAACCCCGUCACCAGUACGGUGGCCACGGCCGGGGGCGCCACCACUCCAUCCCAGCGCUCCCAGCUGGAGGCCUAUUCCACUCUGCUGGCCAACGUGGGCGGUCUGAGCCAGGCCGCUGGGCACAAGAUCGAGCCGCAGCAGCAGCCGCCGCCGCCGCCGCCGCCGCAGCACCUGGGCAGGACCCCCGGGCUCCUCACCCCGGGGUCCCCUCCGCCCACCCCGCAGAACCAGUACGUGCACAUCUCCAGCUCUCCGCAGAGCGCCGGGCGCACGGCCUCGCCGCCGGCCAUCCCCGUCCACCUGCACGCGCACCAGGCCAUGAUCCCACACACGCUCACCCUGGGCCCGUCGUCCCAGGUGGUGGUGCAGUACGGCGGCGGCGACCCCGGCGGCCACCACUUCGUCCCCCGUGAGCCCAGCAAGAAAGACGGAGGCAGCAGCAGCAGGCUGCCGCAGGCCAAGGAGGUGUUGAAUGGGGAGAUGGAGAAGGGCCGGCGGUACGGGGCGCCCGCCUCUGCCGACCUGGGAUUGGGCAAGGCGGGCAGCAAAUCGCUCCCGCACCCUUACGAGCCCAGGCACGUGGUGGUCCACCCCAGCCCCGCCGACUACAGCAGUCGAGAUCCACCCGGGGUCCGCGCGUCCGUCAUGGUCCUCCCCAACAGCAGCAGCACGCCCGCAUCCGACCUGGAGGCCCAGCAGGCCGCGGCGCAUCGCGAGGCCUCCCCGUCCGCCCUCAACGACAAGAGCGGCCUGCACCUCGGGAAGGCCGGCCACCACCACCGGUCCUACGCGUUGUCCCCCCACACGGUCAUCCAGACCACACACAGUGCUUCAGAGCCUCUCCCCGUGGGACUGCCGGCCACCGCCUUCUACGCGGGCACUCAGCCCCCGGUCAUCGGCUACCUGAGCGGCCAGCAGCAGGCGAUCACCUACGCAGGCAGCCUGCCCCAGCACCUGGUGAUCCCUGGCACCCAGCCCUUACUCAUCCCAGUGGGCAGUCCGGAUAUGGACACCCCGGGGGCAGCCUCUGCCAUCGUCACCACGUCGCCUCAGUUCGUCACCACCGCCCUGCCCAAGAGUGACAACUUUAACCCCGAGGCCCUGGUCACCCAGGCUGCCUACCCAGCCAUGGUCCAGGCUCAGAUCCACCUACCCGUGGUCCAGUCGGUGGCCUCGCCCGCCGCGGUGCCGCCCACGCUGCCACCCUACUUCAUGAAAGGCUCCAUCAUCCAGCUGGCCAACGGGGAGCUGAAGAAGGUGGAGGACCUGAAGACGGAAGACUUCAUCCAGAGCGCGGAGAUAAGCAACGAGCUGAAGAUCGACUCGAGCACGGUGGAGAGGAUCGAGGACAGCCACAGCCCCGGGGUGGCCGUGAUACAGUUCGCUGUCGGGGAGCAUCGGGCACAGGUCAGCGUUGAAGUCUUGGUAGAGUAUCCAUUCUUCGUGUUUGGACAGGGCUGGUCAUCCUGCUGUCCAGAGAGAACGAGCCAGCUCUUUGAUUUACCAUGUUCCAAACUCUCAGUUGGGGACGUCUGCAUCUCGCUCACCCUCAAGAACCUGAAGAAUGGCUCUGUUAAAAAGAGCCAGCCCGUGGAUCCUGCCAGUGUUCUGCUGAAACACGCCAAGCCCGACAGCCUGGUGGGCAGUAGACACAGGUAUGCCGAGCAGGAAAACGGAAUUAAUCCCGGAAGUACCCAGGUACUCUCUGAGAACGGUGAACUGAAGUUUCCAGAGAGAACAGGAUUGCCUGCAGCAUCCUUCCUCACCAAAACAGAACCCAGCAAGCCCACAGCCACGAGGAAGAGGAGGUGGUCAGCACCCGAGACCCGCAAACUGGAGAAGUCAGAAGAUGAGCCACCUUUGACUCUUCCCAAGCCUUCUCUAAUUCCUCAGGAGGUUAAGAUCUGCAUUGAAGGCCGCUCCAACGUGGGCAAGUAGAGGCCGAGGCCUGGCAGAGGAGGUGUGGCUCCCCUCUCCAUUUGUAUCCAGAUUACUGUACUGUAGGUUAAAUAACAGUAUUUCCAUGUUACUCUCUUCCUUUAGGUUUCUGUUCUAACCUUGUCAUUAGAGUUACAGCAGGUGUGUUUGCAGGAGGCUAGUGCAUAUGGUUCGUCUGCAGUGUCCGUGGGGAGAAGGUGGGUGGAAGGUCUGUCAGAGCAGAAGCCACCACGCUGGCAUCCAAAGUGGCAUUGCGUGUGACGUCACCUGUGCCUGCUUUCCCCAGCUGCAUCCUGUGUGUGCCGCCUCCCGCUAGUCUCCAGAGCGAGUUCAGUGGGAAGACACCUGCGAGGGGCUGGUGGGGGGUGCACGAUGCCACGGGCAGUGAGUGAGGGUCUCUCUCUUUUCUCUGCCUCCCUCUCAGAAUAGGGAUUGGGGGAGGUUCAGAGCAGUGUCCCCCUGGGGUUCCCAUUGUGUAAAAUCAACACCAGGAACCCAGCUUCAGGGCAUGAAAGGGAAAGAGGCAUCAGUUGGCAAGAUGGAAAGCUAGCCGGUUCAAAGAUCAUUUUUCUCUCCAACAUAUUUUACAAUAAAAGCAAGUUUUAAUCAUCCUAUAGAUAUAUAUAUAUAUAUAUUUCCCCCUAUGGGGCCUGACUGCACUGAUACAUAUAUAUAUUUUUUAAGAGCAACUGCCACACGUGGGAUUUUGUUUCUAGUCCAGUGAUGGUGAAUGAGGAAGGCCUUGCUCUGGUCACUGGGAGUUGGGAUGGGUAGGAGUUGGGGGUUGGGGGAACAGAUGGAAACACCCACGCUGAUUUCUGUGCAGUGUUAUUUAGACAACCAAUCAGGUUAUUGUAUCUACUUUGUUCCCAAGAGACAGGGGCAAGCUGCCUUUCAGAGAGAGCGAGGGGAGCUCUCUUGAGUUGAGUUUGCGAAAAACCUUUUUGUCUUUGAACUCUAGUACUGUUUCUAAGUUUAUGACUGUGGGCAACUGGGGUGCCAUGUUUUUUCAGAUUCCAGUGUGACGUGAGGAAAUUAGAUUCUGAAGAUGCGCAUCUAUUACUGUUCUCUAAGCACUUAACAAUGCCGUGCACAUUUAUGGCCACGCAUCUUGGUCUGUCAUUUCAACGAGUACUGUAUCUCACUUUAAACUCUUUGGGAAGAGAAAAAAAAUUCAAAAGGAAAAAAAAAAAAAAAACCUAAGUUGCUUUCUUUCAACACUGUAACUACAUGUCAGCUGUUUGGAGUUGCUUACGAGCAAGCUAUUGAAAGUUUUCCAUGUGGCUUAAAGGGAUGAACAUGAAUCGUGAACUAGAAUGUGACAAUAAAUGACCGCCACGUUACUACCUGACAGGAGGCACUUGUCACUUUUGAUGUUGGAGAAAGUGAAAGGCAUAUGCAGAGAUUGGCAGAGAAACAGAGAGAGAAAAAGGCGUGGAGAAAAGAAUUCUCUUUUUUUCUUUUUUUCUGUCCAGUGUUUUUUAAGAUGAACUUUUUAAAGAAUCUUGCGAUUUGCACAUCUUGAGUUUAUAAUUUGUGUGAUAUUCCUGCAGUUUUUAAAUCCAAUGAUAUUGGUGGGAAAGGUUGGGAGGAGUGAACGAGCUUAAAUAAAUGUAGCAAACUUAUUUUCUAACCUGCCUAAA